AUGGACGUAUUUGGGGGCGCACCACGCUUCCUGGCAUAUCCCAGGCAAGUUGGUGUGCUAAGCGGUACUGAUGCAGUCCUGAAGUGUCAAAUCGGUGGAGAUCCGAGACCAGCAGUCAUAUGGGAGAGGAACAAUGAGAAGAUCGACCCACAAGGACGAUAUCGUGUCUUUGAGGAUGGAAACGUUUACAAUCUGAUCAUAACCGGCGUUACGAUUGAGGAUAGUGGUCAGUAUAUGUGCAAAGCAAAAAACAGCAUUGGUGAAACAUACGCAGCGGCAACACUGAAGGUGGAAGGCGAGGCACAAGAGCUGGAGUUGAGAGAGGAGAACAAACCACGUUUCCUCAUCAAACCUCUAUCCACUCGAGCAGGUCGAGGAGAAGAUGCUGUCUUCUCCUGUAAGCUAUGGGGAAGCCCACGACCAGAGGUGACCUGGGAAAAGGAUGGCAGAAAACUCAGCGAAAUAUUUGAAAGCACUCACUUCAGCGUGGGUUACCAGGAUGGAGGAUGGUUCCAGCUUAAGAUCUUUAAGACUCGCGCGCCUGACGGAGGGGUAUACACGUGUAAAGCAAGGAAUGAAUUUGGUGAAGCUUUGGCAGGAGCCGUGUUGCUUGUUGAUGCGGGACCUGGACACGAAGAAGACGGAAACCGCAACGGGUACACAAAUGGACACAGAAAAUCUCACCAAGGAAAACAGAGGAUCAGGCAUAUGCCUAAUCAACACAGAGCCGACAUGACAACUAAGUCCACAAGGGUAAAAAUGUUUGCAGUGACAGAAGGGAAACAUGCAAAGUUCCGCUGUUUUGUAACAGGAAAACCCAAACCGGAAAUUAUUUGGAGAAAAGACGGCAGACUGAUACUGUCUGGAAGGCGCUAUUUGUUAUACGAGGAUCGAGAAGGAUACUUUACACUCAAGGUUCUGUACUGUAAGCAGAAGGAUAACGGUGUCUACGUGUGUGCUGCUUCAAACACAGCAGGCCAAACCCUAAGUGCUGUACACCUCUCUGUAAAGGAGCCACCUGUACGGUUCAAGCAGCCCCUUAUUGAUCUGGAGGUAUGGGAGCGGGACUUGGCAGUUCUCGAGUGUGAAGUUCCAGAGGACUCUGUCCCAAUCACUUGGUAUCUGGAGGAUCGACGAUUACAGCCAGGAGCCAAGUAUGGAAUGGAGGAAUGGGGAACAAAACGCAGACUCACAAUCCGCGACAUUGGAGUAGAUGAUGACGGGAUUUACCUUUGCGAAAUGCCUGACGGUGGACGAAGCAUCGCCGAGGUAGCAGUAAAAGGUCCAAUUAUGCGGAAACUUCCAAGGAAAGUUGACGUUUUGGAAGGAGAGAAUGCCGCCUUUUGUGUUGAAGUGGAAAAAGAAGAGAUGGACAUACACUGGUACAAAGAUGGCGUGGAGCUGCGUGAAACACAUCAGACCAUCUUGAAAUCCUUUGGGCGAACUCACAUUCUGGUUUUUGUCAACACAAUGCCACAAGACUCAGGCUCUGUGACUUUCUUUGUGGGGAGAUCCAAGACUUCCUCACAGCUCAGAGUGAAGGCGGCCAAACAUUGUCCUCCUAGUUGUCCAGUGGGAGUGCAGAUCAAUACAGAGCGUGCAAAUGCAGCGCUUCUUUCAUGGACUCCAGCCCAGGACUCGCGCAAGAACCCUCCUUCCGGUUAUGUACUGGAGCGGCAAGAAGUGGGGACAGGUUCACAGGAGUGGGUACAGUGUCUGACCACUGACUCGGCCACCUCAGUUGAAAUCCUUGGUGAUAGCGUGCCUUGCGAGGCAGAUUAUCGAUUUCGCAUCUGUAGUGUCAACAAAUACGGAAAGAGCAACAAUGUGGAGUUCCCUAAAGCGGUACACUUAGUUCCAGUAGCCAGGAUACAAACCCCUUUACAAGACGCACUUGUUCCAGAAGGACAAGAUGCAGUAUUCACCAUUGAAUUAUCUGCAUCUGUUAUUGGCUCGUGGUUUUUAAAUGGCACGCAACUUCAAGAUGACGAGCGAUUUUCCAUGCGUCGCUCGAGAACACACCAGUCUCUUCGAAUCCAAGGGGUUCGAGACAAGGAAAAUGGAGCGGAAAUAACAUUUGUUGCAUACGGCAUACGGGAUUCAGCUGCGUUGUACAUUCAGGCUCCUCUCGUCAAGUUUUCAAUAAUGUCAGAAAUGGACCGAAACAAAUUUGUUGAAAUUGGGAACCCCAUCGUACUCUACUGCGAGCUCUCAGACCCUGCGGCUCCAGUGCACUGGUACAAGAACGGGAUGGAAUUACAGACAACAGAUGGUCUUCACAUCCAGUCAGAGGGUACCAUGAGGAGGAUUGUCAUCCAGUCAGCAGAGUUCUCACAUUCAGGAGUGUACUGCUGCGACGCCAUUGAUGAUGUCAUAAGGUUCAAUGUGGAAGUUGAGGCCCCGCCGAUAACGUUUGCCGACAUCUUAGAAGAGGAGCUUUUUAAAAGCGUGGUGGAGAAAUCACAGCUCAGGCUGUCGUGCGAAGUGUCGAGAGACGACGCAGUUGUCCAGUGGUACAAGGACGGAGCUGAAAUCCAACCUAGCGCCAAUAUUACAAUACAAGCUGAAGCGACAAUGAGACAUCUCGCAAUUGAGUCUGCCCAGUUGGUUGAUUCGGGCAUAUAUACAUGCCGCGCAGGAGACAACGCUGUAGUGUUCAAGGUCAACAUUCGAGAACCUCCGGUGAUGAUCGUAUUCCCCAAGGAGGAUGUCCACCUUGACCGUCAUGUCCCUGAUGAAAUUAUUCUCAGCUGUGAACUGUCCCGUCCAAAUGGAGUGGUGAGCUGGUACAAAGAUGGCCAGAAACUCCAGAAAAGCGAGAACAUCAAACUCAAAGUAGAAGGCCCUUAUCGACGACUGAAGAUUCUGAAAAGUGGUGUUGAGGAUUCUGGAGAAUAUGUUUGUGAUACAGCUGACGAUUCAAUAUUCUUUAACCUCACUAUUACAGAACCUCCAGUGCGGAUUGUAUCCCCAAGUCAGUCGCAAAUGGAACUGUGCCAGCAAACGUCAGAGAGGAUGGUACUGAGCUGUGAGAUUUCACGGCCAAAUGCGGUGGUCCGUUGGUACCGAGAUGGACUCGAGGUAGAGGAGAGCGACAAUCUCAUUCUCGAAGUAGAUGGAGUCUACAGACGACUCAUCAUACCUGAAACCACAGUUAAAGAUUCCGCUGAAUAUGUUUGUGACACUACAGAUGAGUCCAUGACAUUCUUUGUAAAUAUAGCUGAGCCUCCUGUUCGUUUUGUCCGUCGACGAAAGACUGUCAACAUACACGAAAAAAUGGUUAAUGAAACCUUGGUUCUGGACUGUGAGGUGUCAAGGCCAAAUGCUGUGGUUUUCUGGAAGAGAAACGGAGAAGAAGUAGAAGACUCCAAAAAUGUCACCAUUGUUGAAGAUGGCGUAGCUCGUCAAUUAACCGUUCAUUCACUGGCUUUAGCAGAUGCGGGAUUAUAUAUCUGUGAUGCAAAAGAUGAUGUGAUGGAUUUUCAUGUUAAAGUGAAAGAUGUGCCUGUACAAAUUAUUGGGAAAACCAAUGCCAAAACAGAAAAGCAAUUCCUAGUGUCUGAUGACAUUAUUCUAGUGUGUGAACUGUCCAGACCAAACGCAGCUGUCAAUUGGUAUAAAGACAAUCAACCGAUAGAUAACACUGAACGGUACUGCAGUGAAGAGCAGGGUGUUUUCCGAUCAUUGGUUGUCCUCAGUGCUUCACUCGAGGAUUCAGGGGAAUACUCUUGUGAUGCUGGGGAUGAUAAGAUGGUAUUCCAUAUCACAGUUGCAGAGCCUCCAGUCAGGAUUGUUGGAAAUUCUGGACAUCCGGAGCAUCACAUUUUACUAACAGGAGAAGAACUUAUUUUAGAGUGUGAGGUGUCCAGGUCAAAUGCUACCGUUCAGUGGCUCUGGAAUGGUGACAUACUCAAACCAGACACCCGCGUUAAAAUCUACAGCCAUGACGUUAUGAGGAAGCUUGUUCUUUCUGGACUUCAAUUGUCAGACUCUGGAAAAUAUGUUUGUGAUGCCGGAGAUGACAAGCUGAUCACAAUUGUUGAAGUGCAGGCCCCCCGUGUUGUGGAGUUCAUUGCGGAACUCCGUAACAUCACGGUUUGUGAAGGGGAAGACGCAGUAUUUAAGUGUGUGGUCUCACCAGCGGAUGCUCAGUUCAUGUGGCGCCUGAAUGGCAAACAGGUAGCACUGAAUGAGCGCACUGUUGUUUCCAGCAGUGGACUCUGCCACAUGCUUUGUAUCCGCAACUGCAUGGUUUCAGAUAGCGGCAUAGUGACAGCUGAUGCCGAGGGAUUGAUAUCAAAGUGUGAACUCCAGGUUCAAGAAAGGCAGGUCGUUUUCACCAAGAAGAUGUUGCCAGUUACAGCUGAGGAACUCGGAGAAGCGACCCUCGAGGUCGAGGUGAGCCUCCAAUCGAAGGAAGUGCAGUGGAUGAGGCAAGGGGUACUGAUACACCCCGGGGCCAAGUACACCCUGAAACAGAAGGGCCCCAAACACAGCCUCACAAUUCACAAAUUGGCCAUGUCCGAUCGCGGCACCUACAGCUGUGAAACCCUCCAUGACUGCACGCAAGCCCAACUCACAGUGGAACCUCGAAAAAUCACAAUCAAGAAAGGUCUGUCAGACAUAAAAACCAUGGAUCGAGAGACGGCCACUUUUGAAGUCGAACUCUCCCAUCCCAAUGUCUCCGGCACCUGGUGGAAAAAUGGAAACCAGCUUAAACUGACGAGUCACUUCCGCAUGACGGCCAAGGCAAACGUCCACAGCUUGACUAUUUCAAACCUCUCGGUAGAAGACACGGCCACCUACAUGUUCUGUGUGGAGAAGCUGAAAACAUCUGCGAGGCUGGUUGUCAAGGAACCUCCGGUGACAAUUUUUCGAAAAUUAGAGGACCAGAAAUUCCCCGAGGGAUCAGUCAUCUCUAUUGAGUGUGAACUGUCAAGGCACAAUGUGGAUGUUAAAUGGAUGAAGAAUGGCAGUGAGGUAAAGCCUGGCAAAAAUGUACGCAUUCACGCCAUUGGAAGGAAACGGUUCCUUCAGAUCACCAAAUGUAUUGUCAGUGACUCGGGCAUGUACACUUGCGAUGCCGGAGACGUGGCUACAAGCGGCACUGUGGAAGUCUAUGAACGGGAGCUGCUGGUCAUACAAGGCCUGGAGGAUUUAAACAUCGCGGAAGAUCAGAACGCCGUAUUUGUUUGUGAGAUCUCAGUGGAGGACGUGCCAGGAGAAUGGUACAAAAAUGGGGCGAUGAUUCAUCCGACCAGUACCAUCAAGACCAGACAGGAAGGGACCAAACACUUUCUUCUCAUGUGCAAUGUACGACCAGAGGACUCUGGUGAGAUCAAAUUUGUUGCCAGACAUUUAACCUCUGUUGCUAAACUGCAGGUGAAAGAAAUUCCCCUGAGCAUCGUUAAACCUCUGCAGGACAAGACGGCACUGGAGAAGACCCGCGUGAUGUUAGACUGCACUGUGUCCAACCCGCGAUGCAGCAUCCGCUGGUACAAAGGCAGCAACGUCAUCCUGCCUUCAGAACGUUUUGAGAUCAGCAGCGAGGGUUGCUACCGCAAGCUGAUCAUCCAGCAGGUGGUGCUCGACGAUGCGGGCACCUACAGCAUGCAGGUCGGGCAGUACACGUGCUCGGCAAAACUGACCGUGGAGGCUCAGACUGUGCUGAUGGUCCGAGAGCUGCAAGACGUGGAGGUCACGGCACCCGGUGAAGCCUGCUUGGAAUGCGAAGUGUCUGUGCCUGUUCAGAAGCCGCCAACCUGGAGCCUGAACGGGGAAACUCUACACCCGUCGGCUCAGGUGCGCUUGGAGAAGCUGGGCACGGUCCACAAGCUGAUCCUCAGGCAAACCUCCACUGGUAUGAGCGGAGUUGUGUGCUUCGCUUGCGGAAAAGCCAAGAGCUCAGCUCAACUGCGAGUGUUGAGUAAGUGA